AUGGAUCUAAAGGCCAUACCGGCAUUCUACGGUGUUUACUUGUUGCAAUCGACAGUCCGCAAAGCAAGUUCAUAUAUCGGUUCAACACCGCACCCAGUUCGUCGUCUUGGUCAGCACAAUGGGAGGGUCAAAGGUGGCGCGGUCAGGACAUCACGUGCUAGUCUGAGGCCAUGGGAGAUGGUCUGCAUUGUGUCUGGUUUCCCCUCCAACAUUGCUGCCCUACAGCUCGAAUGGGCUCUGCAGAACCCUCAUCUCAGCCGUCACAUCGACAACGACAAGCGCAUCUCUUUUGCCGUUACCCGGACCAAGACUAACGCAAAGACCGGCAAGACACGACGCAAACCUGGCCGACCCAGCACCUCACUCCUUGAGAAGCUCUCCAAUUUGCACCUCCUGCUGCGAGCUCCUUACUUUUCUCAAUGGCCUCUCGAGAUUCGUUUCUUCAACCAAGAUGUCUUUCAGGCUUGGCAAACCUGGUGCGAAAGGGUUGACGAGCAGUUGCAUCCCAGCAUUAGAGUGAUUUUGGAUCUGCCACACAGAUCAGAAGAGGAAGUGGAAGAGAUCACAUCAGGUCAACGGCCCACAAAACGAAGAAAGAUGGAUCUUAUUGGAAAAGGUGGUAUUGACGGCAUUGAUCCAACCUAUGCCUCGUUGGCGCAAGUGCUGCAGAAGGGCCAAUUUAUCCUCGACGAAGGUGAUGAGCAGAAGUGUGCCGUCUGCUCAAAGCCUUUGAACUUGAAACACGAGCUGGUCACAAUAUGUCCCGGAUCGCAUUGCCAAAGUCUCUCUCAUGUCACCUGUUUAUCAAAACACUUUCUUCAAUCCUCGCCUCCUGGUUUGCUCGUUCCGAAGACUGGCACUUGCCCAUCCUGUCGAACGUCAUUGUCCUGGAUCGAUCUUAUGAAAGAAAUGUCGCUACGAACUCGUGGCCCGAAAGAGGUCAAGAAGGUCCUGAGUAAGAGCAUGAAGUCAACAGUGUCCGCAGCAGAGAUACUGGAGACUGAAUCUGAGGACGACCUCGAGGAUGAAGAAGAUUUCGAUGCUGAAGACUCUGGCGAAGAUAGGCCCAUCUCGGAUAUUGACGCCCAAUCGGUUACUAGCAUGGAAUCUUUCUCGACCAUGAUCUCCAAGAUGAUAAAUGCAUCUCCGGGUAAGACCAAGAGACUCGAAAUCGUCAUUGAGGACAGUGAUGAUGACCGAGAGUGA